AUGCAGCUGUCAGUUAGGCUGCUGAUUACCAUCUCACUGUUGGCGACAUUCGUGGAGAGGUCUGACGAACAAUCUGGAUCUCCGAAUGUGACAUCCAUCCUGAACAACCUUCCACAAUCCAGUCUCUGGUACCCUGGCCUCAGCGGCUUGUACGACAUCACGAAAAGUUACCUUAGAACGAUACCUAGAACGGGAUUGGUCGAAAAACUGCUUAACGGCUACAAAUUGAGUCUGGACAACGUUACACUGACCGACUUGCAAAAUGCCAAAUGGACAGAGACAUCGAGCUUGGUCGCAUAUAUUUUGAGUGUCAUCGCAAGCAACUGGAUAUACGUGUUGACUCUUGUUUUGGGGCUAUUGUUAAUAGCCUUGAUGGCUAUUUUCAACAUCUUCCUAACAUUCUUCAGAAGCCGAGGGGGCUUCUGCGGUAACACGGCAAAUGUGGGUAGUACAGUUUACGACAAUUUAUUGUUAGGAUGGUCGUACGCAACCAUGAGUGUUCAAAUUACUUUCAUCUUCCUGACCGCGUUCGGAGCUAUGACAAGCAGUAGAAUUGUAUCGGACAACUUCUACCAUCCAGAAACAUCUACCAACCUACCCUACGUCGCUGGGGUCCUGGCACCGGUUCUUGGCACGUUCUCCUUCAUUGAAAACGUUCAAAAUCAAGUCGUUCAAAGUUUCGAUACUGCUGUCUUCACCAAAAGACUGAAUGAUGUUUUGGAAAACUUUUAUGCUGUGAUAAAAAACGCAUUAGCUGGAGUCAAUAAGGCACUUGCCGAUGAUCUAACUAAUCUUAACAGCGCUUUGACUUCAUUGAAGAGCUACGUAGCAACCAUGAAAAAGUUGAAAGUUAUGUAUGAAAAUUUCAAUACAACUUUGGAAAGUGUUAGAGCAAAAGCGAACUCGUUAAGUUGUUUAUCUGGUCCUUGCAACACCGCGAAAACAAAUCUGGCCACAUUAACACCGCUUAGUAGUUACCCGAUAUCGCAUGAUUGGGAUUCAUAUUCUGCUCAAGUGGACUCCAUCAGCAAUAAGUAUAGCUUGGGUACGCUCUUUCGAUUUACUGACUUUUCAAGCGUGAUCAGCCCAUUAAUUUCUUCAUUGGGAAGUCUGCAGAGUUUGGUUAAAGCUUUUGAUCUGAAAAGUUAUUUGGGACCAUACCAAAAAUUUGUGAACGCUUCCUCUACUGAGCCAUUGUUCGCAAACAUAACCUGGAAAACAAUUAGAACUAUUCUCAACACCAUUUCCAUGAUUGCGAUAAUAAUAACAGUAGUAACCGCCUUCACUUUGUUGCCAGUUGUGUUGUUGAACGCACUUGCUUUGGUUCUUGGACUUGUUUGUAGAGGUAAUGUAGACAGAGCCAGCGAAAAUAUAUUUCUCGUAUAUUGCAAGAAUGAUCAAAGCCUUUUCGGCGUCAUUUACGAUACUGUUGGUUUCGACAGUACUGUUAUUGGAAAUAUUGUGAAGACGUUAUUGGUACCAUUUGCUGGCGCGUUCAGCACCUUAAAUGUUACAAAUCUCCCGUUGUUUGAUGACACUUUCAUCAACAGCAUCAAUAGUUCAGCUGAUUCGUUGAGCAAUUUUCCUGACUUUAACUCCUCUUCGAGUACUUACCUUUAUACAUAUCAAAAUUUGGACUAUCUUGUCACUGGCAGUGGUAACACCAGCCUACCGUCAUUACUUCAAAGUCUCUCAAAUGAUGUUCAAACCGCGAAAGCCAAUCUAGACAGUUUAAAUUCCACUGACCUGGCCGCCACUUUGAAGCAAAAUUUGACCGCUGGUUUGACGGACUUCUUUAACUUUUUAAAAUCACUAACGGCGGAUUCAAUGAAGUGCCGAGCCCUGUACGACGCAUUCAGUUUCUUCGUUACCAGUUCCUGCGAAAAUAUUUCUAACCCAUUGAAUGCUUACUGGUUGAGCGGUGCCAUGGCCAUCAUCUUUUCCAUACCAACUGUUCUAACCGGACUUUACAUGGGUGGAUUGAUCACUAGACAAGCAAUAUAA